GAGUCAGACAAGUAUAGCGGCACUCACCGAUAUAAUGCUUAUUCAACUCAAGAACUCUAUUGAUCCAGAGGAAGCAAUCCCGGACAACUUGAAAGCACAUAUUGACUACUUGACAAACUGUCCUAUUGAGGAUUUGAUCAAGAAACUAAGUACCCUUUACCCAAAAGACUGGGAUGGUACACGCCCAAACUUGAAGCAUUAUGUUUCAUUGUUGAAUAGGAUCGAUAAGAUAUACGAAAGCCAUAUUGAGAGGUACAGGUUGAACGAGGACUACAUUGCACCUCUCGAUGUUCCACACGAUGAGGUUGAGAUAAUAACAACAUGCGUCAACUACUCCAACCAGCUUUUGGAGUACAGCACCAGCAGAGACAUCUACAACUCGCAUGGCUAUAUAGCAGACUUGAUGUUUUCAAACUCUCUUGACAUCAAGAUAUCUGCUUUGAAGCUAACAUGCUGCCUCUCAGAAAAAUUUGCGUCACACUACCCGAUGAAGUUCACCUUAUCGAAAAAGCACAGAGAUCUACUGGUGGAUUUCAUAAAAAGAUUCCCACUUCAGUCAAUCAGAACCACGCCGGGACCGACUCCGAUUGAGGUGAAACAGUAUGAACAGCAGGCAGGUGUCGUUAGUAAGGCUCCUUCCGUGACACCGGAACAAAAAACAAAAAAAUUGAAAACAAAGGAUUCCGAUAAAAAUAUUAUUCACAUCAGCCUAUACGAUUGUAUUCGGCCAGAUUUUGUUACCCCUUCAUCCUGGAAAAUAUUAAACUAUGAGUACUACAAAACAGGCUCGGUGAUAAAGUCAGACAAGCAAGAAUCAAGCAGGCAUGGAAAGAAGAAGAAGUUAGAAAAGGAUAAAACCGGUGAAGGUCUUCGUACCUUCAAGUUGAGCUCGGAAUCCUUGAAAAAACUUUCCAUGCAGCAAAUCUUUGACAAAGCAGCAAAUGUUAUACCUAAGGAAAAAUGGUGUGAUUUCGUAUUACAUGUGUACAUUGCUAUUGCAUAUAGUGGGAAAUCCUUUGAAUGCUUGGCGCUACGAGGGAAACUGGUCACUUUCAAAUGUUAUUCGGUUGCUGCUGCAGCGUCGAAUAUCACCUAUGGCACUUUUGUCGGUUUGGUUUUUGAUGAGGAGCCUUACCUUUUGAGCUACAUGUGUGAUUUGGUUAACCCGGAUAACCAUGUUCCAAGGGAGCCUUGCAUUGCCACUUUGAGAGCGUUUGUCAACAUAUCCAACCGAAAAAAUGGUGCCUCAGAUCUAAUGCGAGCAUUGGGUGGUAAUGUUAGCCAUGGUCUACUCUUUCACAUACUCAAGGCUAUUUUAAAGCAAACUAAAGAACACAAAUUCAACAACGAUCAAACAUAUAUGAAUUAUAUUUACAACAUUCUGGCAAACCUGUUGGAGAAUAAGUCUUUGGCUAUCCACCUACGUGCUGCCGGAUUGAUGAAAAUAUUUCUUGAUUUUCUAUCUUUGAGAAAUAACUAUAGAAUGACCCGGUCUGGACCAUUACAUUUGAUAGAAAUAUUCAUUGAAAGACUUUCAGAUGCUUUUGAAGAGUUUGUAACGAAUGACGGUUUUAAUGUACUUAUUAGCUUACUAGAGUUUGAGGUAGAGUUUGCUAUUGAUAAUCCCGACUACGAAGGGGGUGCUCCAAAAGAUUCAAAUCUUUCUCAUAUCAUAACAGCCAGACAAGUCAAACUUCUCAAUUUUCUUCUAAGGUUGGUCAAUUCACUAAUCUCGACCUAUCCGGGUGAUCGAAUGAGAAAUCUUUAUGACUCUCCAAUGUUGAAGAGUAUCAUAAAAAUAAUGCAAAAUCCAAAAAUAUUUGGAUACGAAUUACUCUUCGACUGUAUUCGAAUUAUCACUACAAUCAUCAAUAGUGAACCAACUGCCUACUCUAUUCUCAAUGAAGCGGGUGUGAUAGACACCUUUUUUAACAGAUUUUCCACGUUUCUUUUACCUGAUAGUGAAUUACUUUUGGAGCUGCCUGAUGUCAUCAACGCAAUUUCAUUGAAUACCGGUGGUUUAACCAAAGUCAAAGAAACCAAAGUUAUAUCCACGCUCUUCUCAAUUUUCACAAACAUAGAAAUUUGUAAGCAAUUGGUUGAACUAGAGAACGUGAUGAGUUUGGGUCACGCAAUUGAUGAGCUUGCAAGGCACCAUCCUGAAUUGAAAGAUGUCAUCAACGAGGAAGUUUUGAAACUCAUUAAUAUAAUCCCAGAUUCUGUGCAGUUUGAUGCUGUUGAUUUCUAUCAAUCACCCAAUGGUUCACUUUACCGUAAUCAGUCCGACGAAAACAUCCAUACAGAAACCAGCAGCCCCUUGUUGGAAAGGUGGGAAAGUUCAGAUAAAGCUAGUGUGAUACAAUGUACAUUGAUUUUUCUUGCAUCGAUGUUUGAGAAUUCGAAGGAAUGGAAAAGGUUGUAUGGUCAUAUUGAUAUGAAUAAUCUUUUCAAAUUCAUCACUUUAAAAAAUGCGCCAUUUGACUAUUCCCUGUCUAAGACCAUUAUUCAUUUCAGAAACAUUAUAAAGUGGAUCGAUCAAACAACUCGUUCAUACUGCCUACCUUUUUUGAAGGAGAGAUUGGCAAGCACGCUAAGUAAGCUACACGAUUUUACUUACUAUUCAAACGAUAAUAACUCUUUCUUUUUGCAGUUUGAAAAUGCUGAUGAUGUUGGAAAAGAAACAGCUCGUGAGGUCAUAUCCAAUUUAGGAAUAAUGAAUUGUUUGCUUUUUGUGUUGUCGGAUUUCUAUUCAAAGCUCCACAAGUACCAGCCCAACAAAAUUUUAGAUAUUGCACAGGCUUUUGGGUCCGAUGAUGGAUUGAAUCUGAUAGGAGAAUUAUGCUUAUUUUAUCGUAGACUCGCAAUAGAAGAAGUACUACUCCACGUCUAUACACCACCGUCAGUUGCUCAGAAUGCAUUCACAUUAGUUCAAUCAAUUUCACCCAAGCAGAAAGAAAUUGGUGUUCCACCUUCUGACAGUUGUGAUUGGAACGGCAACAGUGCAAAAUUCAAAAAUAUCUCUAUCAUGUAUUUCAACUUUUCACGUUCCAAGUUUUGGCUGAGAAAUGUAUUCAAUAGCUUCUGCUCUAUAAAUUGGGGAAGGAGAUCUGAAAGUAAGACUUUAUUCGGGGUAUCCGCUCGAUAUGCCGUUGGAAUAAUCAAUCAGUACACGAGUGUGACAUUAAAUAUGCUCACAAGAAUAAAUACCAGCAACGAUCAGAUAAAAUAUGGUUACUUAUUUUGCAUGCUCAACCAACUUUAUUUGAACGUGUUCCAUUCUUUUGGGGUUUCCGCUGCCGUCAAUCCAACUAUGAGUAUAUGUCUACUUCAAAAUAACAAAUUUCCAUUAUUGAAAGAUUUAGCCGUUGAUUUAUUUUCUAGGCUAGGGACUUUUGAGAAAAGCAAAAUUGACUAUUUUGUUGAAAAGCCAUAUAUUUCAAUAGAACUAGAAAGUUUAGUUCCUGCAGUUCUCGAUCAAAUUUUGAAUCUGCAUGCCGAUGUAGGAGCUGUCAACGUCAUUGGAACUCUCCCGAAUGCGCACAAGUUGUACAAAUAUUUAGGUCCGGAAAAAAGUGAGUAUGGAUCGGAAGUUUUGGUUUCUAUUCAGGUACAAGCUGCUAUCGCAGACUUUAUCUUGCUACAGGAGAUUACUUCAACUAACAGGCUAGACAUUUUGAACAGAUUCCCAACCAAAAUCCCUGUUUCCUUGAUUGAAGACAUUAUCCUUUUGAGCAAGUGUGCAUUCUCUAGUUUCAAAUCACAUUCUCUUACAUUUAAGGGUAGAUUAUAUCCUAUAGCUGCAGAAACAACAGCCCCUUCGGACUACAAUAUAAAUUUCUUGGCCAAUCUCGGAAUUCCAAAAGAUGCCGCUAAAGAAAUCCUCUUGUUUUUCGGCGAUGAUAUUCCCAAACUAUUAAAAGAGACUCCAGAAAAUCUUGACGAAACUUUUGGCAUACUUGAAAAUGUCAACUGGGAGGACGUUUUAAAACAAAAAUAUGUCCCUCCCUUAGUUGAAUCAAUUCAUUUGAACUAUUCUCCGAAUUAUGAUAUAGAUACUAUUGAUGACCUUUACUUUCACAGAGGAGCAGAGGAAGUCAAUUUUAUCUCUUACUGGAUAAAAAUUGCACAGUUGUAUCCUGACUCGGCAUCUGGAGUUGCUGACUUACUCUUUUCAGUUUUUGGCAACUCCUUUUCAGAAAGUAUGGAAGAUGUUUUGGACCCACUUUUUGCAGUUGUGAAAGGGAUGGAUUUUAAUUCUGAAGAUGAAACUGAGAAUCAAAAACUAUCAUCAACUUUGAAACUUUUUGGUUACAUCGUUGGCAGACUAUCACUUCCCAAAUACUUUUCCCUGAUUGAAAAUUUUGCAAAGUUCUUAUCCCAACAUAUGAUUGAAAAUAACGUGGAAAAGCCGUGGUUUGCAAGUGCUCUAACAAUAUUUAGCAAGCUAUUUUCAGAAACAAAAAUACCCUUUGCUCCUCAAGCACCUAAGGUAAAUGUACCUUCCAAGUUCUCUCCGUACCUGAUAACCCACCCAGACAUCUUCUCCAUUAGUCCAGAAUCUGAAGCUUCGUUAUUGAAUUUACUUCUGAAUCUUAAAGUCAUCCAAACUGAAGAAGUUGCAAUUGAAGUGGCGAAUAUCCUUCUCAUGUUAUGUACCGAUGAUGAACGAGUUAAAAUGCUUGCGGGAGCCAAAAUAAUGCAUAGCUUGGUCCGUUUCAUCAAAAAGGAGCAUUGCUCAGUUCGUUUGCAGUCCCAGGUAAUUAAUAUUCUAAGAAGGUCAGUUGAGUCUGAGUAUAUUGUUAAAAGCUACUUUGAGAAAGACAUAAAUCAAAUAUUCAGUGCAAAAUCAAAGAAAAAUAAGGUGAAGGAUUUGAAGAUUUUUUUGGAAGAGAACUCAGCUCUUGUUCUUCGUAAUCCAUCCAUAUUCUGCGAGGUAGUUGGAGAAAAUUGUAUCGUCAAGCGCAUCAAUAGGCAUUUCAAAUCACCCUUGGUUUCGAUACUUGACGAUGAAGAAAAGGAAAUUUUGAAGAAGCACGGAGUGGAUGUGAACCAAACACAUGAUCACCCAGAUGAGAAUACUUCAGAAAUCAUGAGCUUCUUAUUAUCUGAAUUAAUAACUAUCAGUAGAAAAGAUCUUAUGGUUGGAGUCCAAAAAGAUGAUAAUGAAUCAAAGAAUGACAAAGAUGCUGAUGAUAUUAAUACUCUUGUUUCCAAUAAUAACUCCUUGGCAUAUGCAGUUUUUCUUCUUCAGUCAGUGUCAGAACUUUUGUUUUCCUAUACUUCAUGCAAAACAGAUUUUCUAACUUUUUCAAAAAAAGAAAAGAAUAAAUCUGACAAAAAGCCACGCUCAACAGCAUUGAAUAUGUUAGUUCAUCGGUUUAUCACUAUCAACCCUUUUGAAAAAGAAGAAACUUCAAGUCACAAAGUGCACCAAUUACUUGCAUCUUUAGGGUAUGCGUGUAUUUUGGGUCUAAUAUCUACCGUGCCUUCUAAGGGAGCGGAAUAUAUAAAUACCAGUGUCUCGGAUAGCGAUGUUGCAUUUGCCAGGAAGUUUACUGCAGAUAGCCUGAUUAAAGUCAUAAAGGAUACCGAGCAGUCGAACAAAAGUUCAAUAAUUAAAUACGGAAGGAUUGUUGAUAUAUUGAAUUUAAUCAGAAAAUUGUGUGGAGAAAGCUUCAACAAUGCUGUAUCCGUUUCAACAGAUCCGUUUAUCACAAAGAAUGAUAAAUACUAUUUUGCAAAAGAACUCUUGGAAAAGAAAAUUGGCAAUGUUGCCACUAACAUUUUAGCCAAGCUUGACACCAACUUUCCUUAUACGGAGCAAGUUGCCGAUAGCGUCUUAAAGUUGAUAUCGUUACUUGGUGAGAUCAAGGUCGAGUACCAGGAUGCUUUCAAAGCAGAUCAACAAUCUACUGAUGUUGAAGAAGAGGUAUUUGAUGAAGAAUUGGAGUAUAAGGAUGAUGCACCCGAUUUGCUAAAAAACUCUACUUUAGGCAUGUAUGAUUUAGAGGACGUUGAAGACGAAGAUGAUUUUGACGACGAUUUUGACGAUGACUUCAAUGAUGAGUUUUUAGUGGACGAUGGAAUUGAGAUAAUACUUUCCGAUAACGAUAGAGGGUCUGGAUCAGACAUAGAUGAUGAUAUGGACAGUGAUAAUGAUGAUAGUAUGGAAGAAGGCUCCGAUGAUGAUGAUCAAGACCAUGGCAACGAUUCUGAUGACACGGAAAACAUGGAGGGAGUUGGAGACGAUGAAAUGGGAAAUCCAAGUUACGAUAACCACGGAUUACAUGAUGAGCAGAUUGAUUUUGUUUACGACUCUGAGGAUUCUGACAAUUCUGAUGAUGCGAUGAUGUAUGAACAUGAGAUUGAUGAUUAUGUUUCGAAUGAAGAAGGAGAUCUAGUUUCUGGUGAUGAAAUGUCAGAUGAUGAGCACUUUAUGAGAGGUGAUAGCUCCGGGUCUGAUUCUGAGACUGUAGAUGACAGCGGCGAAAACGUUAUUGAGCUAGAUCUUGAGUCUAUUGACGAGAAUGAUGAUGAUAGUGGGAGUGAUAGUGAUGACUCUGUCAUACUCCAAGAAUGGCUUGAUGAAUUAGAAAAUGAUCAUGGAAGAAGUGGUCAAAGAAGUAGACGUCCUUCGGUCGUAUCACUUAAUGCCAAUCAUAAUGAUCAGAUGUUUCCAACAGGAAUUUUGUUUCCGCAAAUGGGCUCCAAUAUUCCGCUUCCUACCGAAUCUGCCGCAGGAAACGAUACCAGGUCAACCCUUUUGGAAUUUACUCAGUCUCUUUUUGAUAGAAGAAACAACAACCAAAUUCAAGGAUUACUGGAUUUCAGGAGAGUCUUUGAGCCAUUAAUUUUCUCAAAACGUGCAUCUCAGUUGAAUAGUGUACUAAUCAAAUCCACUGCACAAAGGUGGCAAGAGACAUCAGAGUUAUAUUCUGGAAAAAAUAUAACCUACCGUGCAAUACCGGAAAUCAUCAACAGGCUUUACAACAAAAGCGAAAUUGUUAAUGAAGAGUACAAAAGAGUUAAAGAAGAAAAAGAAAGGAAACAAAGAGAAAAACAGGAAGAAGAGAAGAAGAAACAUAACGAAUGGUUACAAAAAGAAAGAAAUCUGGAGUUUGAACGAGAACAAGACUCAAGUAAUAAUGCCGAAACUAGCAAUGAGCCAUCUGAGCCUGUAUAUGUCGAGAUUGGUGGCAGAGAUGUUGAUAUCAGUGGUACUGGAAUUGAUCCAGAGUUUUUAUUGGCUUUGCCAGAUGUAAUGCGACAAGAAGUUUAUGAGCAACAAGUUCAUCAAGCCAGAAUUGAGGACAGAGGAAGAGAAGCGAUCGGGUUUAUCAGAAAUCUUUCGUUGGGCUCCAAUCAAUUUAAUUUUGGCUUUGGCGCCGGUGCCAAUUCUGAUAAUGGUCUUAUUAAUGGGGAUGAUGAUAAUGAUGAAGACGAUGACGACGAUGAAGAUGGUAAUGAAGGGUUUGGCUACGGUCUUGAAAACGAUGAUGACGAUGAAAAUGAUGUUGACGAUGAUGACGAUGAUGUUGACGACGACGUUGAUGAUAGUGAAUUUGGCCUACGCUUGCGUGAUGAGAGGGGAUCGGUUGAAAUGCAGCGUACAGAGGUACCUACGGGUGAAAACUCGGCGACAGAGAAAAGCAGAAAACCCUCUAAGAUUUAUUUCACUGCGUUAGUUGACAAACCUGGAAUCGCCGCACUACUAAAGUUAUUGUUCAUUCCUCAAGUUUAUUACAAAAGAGAGCUUUUCUUUAAAGCAAUUGCAUAUCUUUGUUUGAGCAAGCAUUCCAGGGCUGAGGUUAUUUCAAUUAUUCUUUACGUUUUGCAAGAGGGUAUUAAAGACCAAACUUUACUCUCUUGUGUCUACAACCAGAUAUGCAACAGAGCCAACAUGACUUCAAGUAGAGAAUCAGCUGAAAGCUCACAGCUUCAAAAGGGACAGAAUAUUCAGUACCCUGUAGCCUGCACGGUUGUGUCUUUGGCAACACAAUCAAUUGAUGUCAUACAAUACUUACUUGAGAACGAAACGAGUAUGAGGUUCCAUUUCCUAGCUGACCAAGAAGGAAGUGCAUUCAUCAAGAAGACUUCCAAAAAGAACAAACUAAAGGACAGUAGUUUUAAAUUCCCAAUCAACAUUUUGCUCAACCUAUUAGAAAGUAAAAUUAUCAAGGAAGAUACCAACUUGAUGGAUAUUUUGUCAAGGUCCAUACAAAUUGCCACCAGGCCUUUACCAACGAUGAAACUCAAACUAAACGAACUAGGGAAAGAGUCGGAACAGCUCAAGAAACUACCACAACUUCCACAUAUUCCUGAUAGAAGUUUGAAGCAAAUAAUCAACAUCUUGGUUGCGGAUGAAUGUGCGAAUAAAGUCUUUCAGCAGACAAUCGUCUCGAUUCAGAAUUUAUCCGUACUAGAUAAUGCAAGAAUAGUUUUCCCGAAAGAAUUGUCCAAAAAGGCCACUUACCUGAGUUCCAAAAUUGCUAAAGAAUUGAGAGAGCUCAUCAAUGAUUUACGCAACUCCAAAAAGGAUUUUGAGAAUCUUCCUUCAUUGAAUCAGUUUUCCUCAGGUGCUUCGGACCAGGCCAAAUUGCUACGUGUGUUAACCGCGUUAGACUAUUUAUACCAGGCUAAGGAUAACGAUGUUGAUGAUAUAGAAGAACUUAAGUUACUUUACAAGAACUCGGCGUUGGGGCCUCUAUGGGGCGCUUUGAGUGAUUGUUUGAAAUUGCUCAGAGAGGAUGAUAACAUGAACUAUAUUGCUUUCAUUUUGUCUCCUUUGAUUGAAGCGCUUAUGGUUGUUUGCAAGCACAGUAAGGUACAGAGGAUGAACACCCUUGAUGUUUUGAAAUACGAAGAUGAGCGAGAGCUCGAUUUCGCAAAGGAACCUAUAGAAAGUUUAUUUUUCACCUUUACUGAAGAGCACAAAAAAAUUCUAAAUCAUAUGAUCAGAAACAAUCCUAAACUUAUGAGUGGCCCAUUUUCAGUUUUGAUCAGAAAUCCAAAAGUCUUGGAAUUUGACAAUAAAAGGGUCUAUUUUGAACAAAAACUACACGGUGAAUUCGUUAAUGAGACCAGGGAAAAACUUCCAAUAAAUAUAAGGCGGAAUCAAGUAUUUUUGGAUUCUUACAGAAGUAUUUUCUUUAAGCCUAGUGAUAAAAUCAGGAAGAGCAUUCUCGAAAUUCAUUUCAAUGGUGAAGAAGGUGUUGAUGCUGGUGGUGUUACAAGAGAAUGGUACCAGGUUCUUUCAAGACAGAUGUUUGAUCCUAACUACGCCUUGUUCAUUCCAGUGGCUUCGGAUAAGACUACUUUCCAUCCUAAUCGAACCUCAUGGGUGAACCCUGAGCAUUUGUCGUUUUUCAAAUUUGUUGGUAUGAUAAUAGGCAAAGCUGUUUAUGAUGGAUACGUUUUAGAUUGUCAUUUCAGUAGAGCUGUGUUCAAAAGGAUGUUAGGAAAGCCGGUCUCGUUAAAAGAUAUGGAGUCAUUAGAUCUCGAUUACUACAAGUCAUUGGUUUGGAUGUUGGAAAACGAUAUCACUGAUAUUAUCGUCGAGACUUUCUCUGUUGAAACUGACGAUUAUGGUGAGCACAAGAUAAUCGAUUUGAUCCCUAAUGGUAAGGAUAUAGCUGUCACUGAAGAAAACAAACAGGAAUAUGUGAAAGCCAUUGUUGAGUACAGACUUUUGACAUCGGUCAAAGAGCAAAUGGAUAAUUUCUUAGAAGGGUUUUAUUCAAUGAUUCCCCAAGACUUGGUUUCAAUUUUUGAUGAACAAGAAUUAGAAUUACUUGUUUCUGGUCUCCCGGAUAUCGAUGUGGAUGAUUGGAAAAAUAACACCAUAUAUGAAAACUACUCGCCAUCUUCUCCUCAAGUUCAGUGGUUCUGGAGAGCAGUCAAAUCUUUCGAUGUUGAAGAAAGAGCCAAAUUAUUACAAUUUGCAACAGGUACAUCUAAGGUUCCAUUGAAUGGUUUUAAAGAGUUGACAGGUAUGAACGGCAUCUCAAAGUUCAGUAUACAUAGAGUGUACAAUGCCACGGAUCGGUUACCGACAGCCCAUACUUGUUUCAACCAAAUCGAUUUACCAGAGUAUCAAAAUUAUACCAGAUUGCGGAAUGCGCUGUUGUUGGCUCUUAGGGAGGGACAUGAGGGUUUCGGAUUUGCAUGAAGAUUAGCAGUGUGCUAUCCUUUUUAUAAUGUUUCCCUAUUCACGUUUUUAUCGUUACAGUUUAUGAAUCAAAAUAUCAAAAAAUGUGUAAGUUUUUUUAAAGGGCGACAGAAAUGUAGCUCGUCGAAUUUUCAAAAAGUCCAUUAUAGCUUUAACAAGAUAGGUACUAAUCUAAACUUACUUCAUGUCCACUGGAACUUUGAAUAUCAUUUACAUCCAAUCUACU